AUGAUCAAGCUUUUUUCGUUGAAGCAACAGAAGAAGGAAGGUGAAGGCGCAAAAGGAGGGGCAAAGAGAGCGUCUGCUGCGCAACUAAGGAUAACUAAAGGUGCGGCAUGGUUUGGUUUUAGAGCUUAGAGAAGUAACUCAGCUUAUUGUGCUACCAUUGCAUCAUGAAACUUAACCUUCUUGUUUUACGCUUAGGGAAUGUCUACGUAAUUAAUUAUUCCCGCAUAAACAAGCUUUAAGAGGAACUAAGAUCGCUGUAGCACUAAAGAGACCUUUUUCCUCUUUGCCAUCCCGGUUUCAUUUUGUCGUGAAGAGAACUGCGUUUCCGCGCGUGCAUUGUUGUUGAAUUGACAAAGUUGUACCAAAACAACGAGUGCGAUUUGUACUUUUUAACUUUCACAUGCACACUUUCAGUCGCUAGUUUCUGAAAUUUUUUAGACGACCUUUACCGAUCGUCCUUAUCACAAGUAACCUAGUCAGCAACCCGUGCGACGAAUUUUGUUUGUUUACCAGGUUUAAGGGAAUUUUGUGGACCAGUGAUGCUUUCAUAUGAUUCGACGUCACGAGCUCUCAAUGGGAUUCGUUGCUUUAAAAAUCUAAAUUUUCUAUUUCAGCUAUGUGUUCUGUUUGUCAGUCAUAGAUUAAUCCGUGCGUUUAUGUUUUACCUUUUUCAAAACGUUGUGCCAGAAUUUAAAUGGUUUCUUUCACCCUUGCAUAAGUUGCCUCAGUUUUGACUCAUGGAACUUAAAGCAAUACACUGCUCUGAUAGCCUGUGAACAGAUGCCCCCCUCCCCUCAUUAAAAAUCAGGGAGAGAGACAUUUGUGAAUUGCUGUCGUUAAUCAUGUCCCUGUUUCCCCAGAAUGUGGGGGAAAGCCUCUGGUUGGUUGUAAUGUUAAUGCCAUACCACAUCUGUAUACGUUUACUUGUAUUUUGGCUCUCUGGAAUGGGCAUGUGAAGUAAGACCACCAAUGUUUGCUGCACUGAUUGCGGGUGUAUCUGUUCUCUGCCGGUGGCUAUUGUAAAUAGAAGAGAAGGACGUACAGAAUUCAACGCUUAAUCAGAGAUGUUAUUUCUGGAUUUCAGCAUUGACAUUGUGUGGAAGUUUUUCGGCUAGCCCCCUGGCUUCUGUACACAGGCUGUUUUUCAGCCUACUUGUGCCGGUAAUAACUCGUAAAAUUAGACAAAAGUAAAGCUAUAAUUUCUUCCUGAAAAGAAGUGAACAGUCCUUUACAUGAAACCUACUUGAAAUCAUCGAAUGGAUCAACUCCUGCUUAGAACACUUGACUGGAAAUGUAAACAGUGCUUCUGAGAUCAAGAUUCUGUUAACCAAAAACCACAAGAAAUCAAUGCAUAGGAAACAGACUGACUUUAUGAACUAAAACAACGGAAGAACAUGUACAUGUUAGAAUCUUCCAAGGCAUAAUAUACUCGUUUUAAAUGACAUUUUAGUUAGAUGUUCUAGUUAGAGCCUAGCCUAGCCAUAAAGGUUGAGAACAUCUGAGAGAAUAACUGCCUACUUGCUACACUGUAUAUAAGAGUCCAGAGUCGUGAUGGUCUGUCAACACCUUUUCAACCGUCAGAAGAAAAAAAUAUGUAAAAAUGUAUACCAGAACACGAUUAACCAUACACAACGCUUUAACACAUUUUUGUAUUCACCUUAAUCAAUUAACUUUUUCUAACCCAAUUUAUUUUCACCAUAUUUCCUCAAAUAAUAGCCAGGGGCGAUUAUUUCUUUUUUUGCACCAAAAGGGGGCCAUUAUUCAGGGGAAGGUGAUUAUUUGAUGGAAGUGAUUAUUUAAAAUAUUGUUCAAUAGAAGUUGUGCCCUAAAUAUUUUGUUCUGUUUUUCUGUUACAGUGUGACCACAUGAACCGAGGCCACCCAGACAAAAUUUUUGAGACAAAUUUUGAAAUUAGCCAAUCACAAGUCAAGAUCUAAGCAAUAAAAUUGGGCAUAAUCUUUUAGUCAGAACCAUUUUUCUAAAAGGGUGUGUAAAGCAAGCUGAAAAAUGUUUUGACAAUGUCUUUGGUGGCCGGAAUCAAAGCCAGUAGUAAAGAAAGCAGUUGUCUGGGUGGCCUCAGUUAAUGUGAUAGCACUGUAAAUCAUAAAAUAAUCACAUCAAAUUAACCCGUUUGGCCCUGAGCCACCCGUAACUGCCUGUGCGGAUCCACGUCCUUUCUACCACUUGUGACGUUAUCAGUUUUAAUAGUCAAGGACAACUUUGUCUGCUAACUAGUGUAGAGUGAAGAGAUAUUUUAAACCAUACCAGAAUGAGCACAACUCAGUCAAGGACACCGGAGAAAAGGCAAAAAAAAAAAUGUAACAUUGACCUUAAAACUUCCAUGAAAAUCUUGUUGCACUAACUACCUACCUUUCCUUUUAUCUAAUCCUAAGAUCCUAAAAGCUUUCCUAAAAACUUUUCCCACAGCAAGAGAAAAAAAAAGAAAAAAAAAGAAAAAAAAAAGGAAGGAGAGAAAGUGACAAGUAAAAGUCAAGACUGCUGUGUCACUCUUAAACCCCAAACCUCGAAAUCUCAAAAUUUUGCUUUCUGCGCAUCCCCAAACUUCGCAAGCUAAUAUUUUGCAUCUGGAUCAGAAGGCCGUGAAGUGUACAACCUGUAAAUGGCUUUGUGGUAAGUUUUAGCUCUUUAUAGCAUAACAGUGACCAGAAAACUGCUCAACUAGCUUCAAAUCGCGCUUUUCGGCAAAAUCUCCCGGGGCAAAUGGGUUAAAGUGUUGCAAAUUUGGUUCCUUGAUUAAUUCUUAAUGUCAGUGUCCUUGGCGUCAGAGCUUGAAUCAUCACUGACCAAUUUUGCUGGAUCAAACUCUACUCUAGCAUCAUCCUCCAAGUUUACUGCUAUAGGUAUCCCUAGCGGGCAACCUAUAGUAGUGGGGGGUGAUUAUUGGAGGGAAGUGAUUAUUUUAAACAUUUCUGUCAAGAGGGGUGGGGGGGUGAUUAUUCAAGGGAAGCAAUUAACCGAGGGUUGGCCAUUAUUUGAGGAAAUACCCUAUUUACCAUUCUGGAGUGUACAUGUAGUCCAGUGUCUGACCUCCUGGUUUGACCUGGUGUUUGAUGCUUAGGGUUUAGCCAAAUGUACAUAUAAUUUUGAGAGAUUAGGACGCUGAAGUCUUUUUGAGGCAACAUGAAAUAUGCAAUGUAUUUGGAACAUUUACCCCAAUAAAAGCAGUUACCAAGAUCAUAUUAAGUAAGGCCUACUGUUGAUUAAGGGCUAGUAUUGCCUGAGGUUGCGCAGCACCAAGAGAUGUAAUCUGCAAGCCAUUUUCUUUUCUUUGUAUUUAGUACUUUGAUUUGCAAGGUCUCGAUCUUUGCCUUGUGCUGUUGCCUUUGAUCGUGGAAGAUUGCUUGAAAUUACAGCAUUAUUGCCUAGACAUCAUUGGAAAUUGUCACUUAAGAUUUAUAAACUGUAAUGUUAUAAUCUUUUUCCAGUUUAAGUUUAGUCUGACUAUUCUAUGUACACUGUACCAUAAGGCAGUCAAUAGUUACUGUGUAACCUAUGCCCAUACACAGGCUCCCUUAAGAAUUUAUCUUUGCCUCAUUUCUUAUCUAAUCUCCAAGCAACGUUGAGUUAACACUUUAAGAGUGUCUUGUUGACCUCUGCAAUCUGAAAUUUGUAUUUUAAUUAAUCAUGCAAGCAGAUCAGGUGUCAUCAGCUUCAGCAGUGUCAUUGAUUUUCUCCUUGGUGUUUUGGCUGUAACUUGUGGAAGAAAAAGAGACCUAAAACUUCAACAGAAUUCAGAACAUAGUAUGAUACUUACUUGAUCUGUUACUACCUUCCCCCUAACUUAUCAGCCCUCCCUGUCAAACAUGCUACCUUAAUUUGCAAUUAGUACCACACUGUAGUUUAGGAAUAAUGUAUUGUUCAAUGUAUAGUGACCAAUCACAACUUAAGAAUGUGUGAAAUGAUAUGCAUCUGAACAGGGCCUUGUGGUAUUUUCUUAAUAAAUACUACUCAUUAAUUUUUUGAUCUAUCAGUGUGGCACUUAAUCAGGAACAGCACUUAAAUAAGUUUUCUCAUUUGCAGAUAGCAGAGUGCUACAUUUGUACAAUUUUUGCUGGUAAAUUAUAAAAUCUUGUUGAUGAAAUCAAGGACAAGGAAUCCAGAAAACAAUUCUGAGUCCCAUGUGGGUUUAAAGCCACAAUCCUUAGCACUGUCGUUGAAUGCACUGAUCACUAAGCAACUGGAUAAAAUCUUGUCUCAGGUUAAACCAGAAUUUAACCUUGUUUGUUUUACAAUUAUUACUUGUCUCAUAGGAGACAAGUAAAUUCUGGCUUAAGCUGAGAAUCCAAAUUUAUGUACAGUAGAGAUGCUAUGGUGAGCAAAAACCUUGGCUUACUAUAGAGGCUGUAGUAGCUUAGUGGUUAGAGCUUCUGAUGAGGGUACAUGUAUGAUCUGUGUGUGAUAUCUUACACUGAAAUACUGACUCCUCUUCUUGGAUUUUAGAUAUUGGUGAACUUAAUCUUCCAAAGACAUGUCAGACAGAUUUCCCUGAUCCAGAUGACCUUCUUAAUUUUAAACUCCUUAUUUCACCAGAUGAGGUUAGAAAGUUGGCUUUUAUUAUUCUUUUGUUUUUGCUCUAUAAAAAGGUAAACAAAAACUAUAAAGUUUCUCUGUAUCUGUUUUUUAAUUCAUAGGGAUUUUACAGAAAUGGAAGAUUUGUGUUUAGUUUUAAGGUUAGUUAUUUGAUUGGUUGGCAUUCCAGAAUCAUCAUCUCCAUCAUCAUUCUUUCAUCAUCUCUUUCUCUUCACAUUUUACCUAUAUGUAUUUACGAUAGAUGCUGUUCAUCCGAAACAGGUCUAAAUAAUAACUGUCAUAACUUUCCUGAAAGUUAUUUCUUGACUCCUCACAGUGCAAAAAUUUGGUAUUCCUCUUUUUGGAGACAGGUAAGCUGGAAAGGUAGUUGUGUUAUUGUCAAACACCUCCAGUUUGAAGACCUGUCCAUUUUAAGCUUUCCAUACUUUAAUGCCUGAUGUUGGGUCUGAAUGAAUGCAAAGGCAUUGUAGAUACCUUAAUCAGUUGGUGUUUCUGUUGAGUUUUUUGGUGAGGACCAAAGUGACAAUGAGACAAAAAUGACAAUGUGUGUCCAGUGUCUGAUGUCAUUUCCUGUUUAUUGUGUUUUUCGAAGACCCAUAGAUUUUGAAUUUAUGUCACAGACUUGAUCUGCCACUCAUGCAUCCAGCCAUCUCUAACAAUUAAGGCCAGACCUGAGAGAGCAGCGGAAAUCACAUGUACCUCAAAUCCUAAGUAUACGUGAUUACAUUAAUGUUUUUUUUUUAUUUCAACUUAUUUUAGGUUGGUCCUGGCUAUCCUCAUGAUGCACCAAAAGUCAAAUGUGAAACAAAGGUACAUUAACUCUGGAUCCGAUUCUGUUGGAUCUACUUUUUAGAAGUUGGUUAUUCCUUUGACAGGCCUUGCUUUAAAAUGCCUUGUACAUGUAGUUACCUAUGCUUUUAAAGUUUCCCCUUCCAAAGGCCUUGAAGGUACAAAUUAGUCCCCUUAGGGCAAGAGCUGUCUCAAACCCUGGUGAACCCAGGACUGUAACUAAGGACUGGGGGCUUGGGAUUUCCCCUGUUUGUUUAGGUACAUGUACUGUAAACUUCCACUUAUACAUACAAAUGUGUAGGGCUUAUGCAACUUCACGAGGGGUUUAAGGACGGCGUAUAAACAGGACAGGAAAAAAAAACAAAACAAAUAUAUUACAAAAAGCUACAUAUGCAGGUAAUAACAGGAUUUUUUUGUUGGCAGGUAGAUGAACCUAUAACUGGGGAAGGGGGGGUUAAAAAGCAGAUGUUUAGGUUAUGACCCCUGGCUAUUUUGUUAGGAAACAAAAUAGCCUGUUCCAGGCUCCAAGAUACUGUAGCAUGUGCAGUGAUCAUGAUAACAAAAGCCAAAAACACUGCCCUAAACACAAGAAUUACAGCUGUAUUUAGGAUUAUAGCCUUUUUGCCACUGAUUUCUUAAAUGAAAGACCAAGCACAACAACUAAAAGAGCUUGGAUCAGCUUUGGUUGCAUUUGAAUAGGUCACUGAAGGCAUACAUGUACAUGUCAGGUUUGUCAAAAGUAGCCAGCUGCCAGCAAAAAUCGCCGCCUGCUUGGUUAGUAUUGGCCGGCUACUCUGCUUGGCAUUUCUUUAUGGAUGGCAUUUUUUAAAUAAACUCAGCCGUCUACUUCAAAACUUUCUGACAACCCUGCAUGUAGUCGAGGAUGUCAAGAAAGCUUCAAAAUUGGCAAAGCAGGAAUUACAAAUCAUUGUACUCUAGUUUAAAUUCACAUGAUAAAAGAGGUACAUUGUCAAAAAAUGUGAAAUUUUCCAUGAUUAGUUUAGAGUCAAUUUAGGCUAGAAUUCUUGCCUUUUUCAGAUUUAAGCUCGUAGAUUCCCAUCUGUGAGAAUUAAUUAACAUUCUCAGCCAAAAACAACUGUAUGUAGUUAUUCAGAUCCUAAAAUUUUGGACAACAAUAGAGAAACAAAAGCCUAUAUUAGAAGAUAAUUAAGCAAUAAAAAGCUUAGCUGAUUUCCCCUAGGCCCUAUAAAUAUUGAUCCUCAAAAUUUUUGUAACUUUCGAUCGCUACAAAUUUGGCCCACAGGAAAAGGACUGUUUCAGCCAUUUACGUGGCUUCAUUAUUAUUAUCCAUGAUCGUGAAUAAUAAGUUUUAUUAGCUUUUCUAGGCUAAAACAAUUGAAAAUCAACCCAGCUUAAAAGGUUUGAACUUUUGAACCUUGUUUGUUAUCCCCAUAAAAUGUUGCAGAACUAUCACAGUAGUCAUAUGUUUUUGAGUUGUUAUAAACUAAUAAAAUGAUGUUGUUACUAUUCUAGGUUUAUCAUCCCAAUAUUGAUUUAGAAGGAAAUGUAUGCUUAAACAUUUUAAGGUAAAUUUGUUGUUAUUUUUGUUGGAUUUUUGAUUACCUUUCCUUUUUGGUGGAUAUAUAUUUUGUCUGCAGUAUAAAGCUUGAAAGUCUCUUUUCCUUAGUUUUUGUGUAUGGUUAUGUGUGAUACAAUGNCCCAUAAAAUGUUGCAGAACUAUCACAGUAGUCAUAUGUUUUUGAGUUGUUAUAAACUAAUAAAAUGAUGUUGUUACUAUUCUAGGUUUAUCAUCCCAAUAUUGAUUUAGAAGGAAAUGUAUGCUUAAACAUUUUAAGGUAAAUUUGUUGUUAUUUUUGUUGGAUUUUUGAUUACCUUUCCUUUUUGGUGGAUAUAUAUUUUGUCUGCAGUAUAAAGCUUGAAAGUCUCUUUUCCUUAGUUUUUGUGUAUGGUUAUGUGUGAUACAAUGUUUGUAUUAAAUGAAAAUAACAAUUCAGUGCAAGCCAAGAGAAAAAUACAGCAAGUACAUUAAUGGUGUGAAAUCUGAAUGCCAACUUUAUUUUCAUUUGUAUAAAUUUGGAAUUAAUUGUAUUGAGAGUCAAGAACUCAAGUGAGACUCAAUUAACAACUUGAUUCUCAAUGCUCAAUUCAUGUAAGGACUGAGUAUCAAGUGUCAACAAAGUUAAAUUGCAUAGUACAAAUGUACUGUAUGUAGGACUUAUUUAAGAUUGCUUAGAGCCCUCUAGAGCUAAGAUAAGUACAAUUUUUGAUCAAUUUUCAGAUUGUCCAUGGUAAAAAUAUGCGGUACAUGACUGUGUGUGCAAUUUGGCAAAAUUAAAAAUUGUUGGCAUAAUAAUACCUGUUCUUUGAAACCAGCUAUGACUAGAAUCUUGAAGAUUCUAAGCAACCCAAGGAGCUAGAAAAAACUACAUUACAAGUUAAAUCAAAAUCAUAGACAAGUUACCAUAUGCAAAUAUCCUGACAUGAACAAAAAAAAUACUACCAUAAUUUUGUACCCUAAAUAUUAGGCAGUUUACUCCCUCUUCUCCACCCCUUGACCCACCAAAAAUGGGGAGAAUUUGUUUAUGGUUUAUAGAACUUAAGAUUCUAUAAGAAGGCAAAGCAAAUUUAACAAGUACAGCUGUUACAGUCCAAAGUUGGACUUGUAUUAUUAUUUGUUGGUUAUUGUAUUUAUUUAUAGUAUUCUAAAACUCUUUGAUUUUCAGAGAAGACUGGAAACCUGUUUUAACAAUCAACUCAAUAAUAUAUGGACUACAAUAUCUGUUUUUGGUGAGUGACUGAAUUGUUGUGAAUGUAACAUUUACAGGGGGGUGCUCUUAAGAAAUUUUGUGGCAACAAGCGCGGAAAUAGGGUCCGAACGAGGUCUAGAAAAACUCCUUGCUUUCAAAAAUGCAUAACCCCAAAAUCCCAGAUCAUGAUAUGUUUCUAGGAAACUGCCCACCUACCCCUCCUCUAAGUCAACAUUUUGCCCCAAGUGCGAAGUAAGUGAUAAUGUUGGCUUAGGGGAGGGGUAAGUGGGCAGUUUCCCAGAAACGUGUAAUAAUCCAAAAUCCUCGAUUAUUUUCUUUAUUAUACUUGCCCCCCCGCCCCCCCCACCCAAAAAAAUGAUAAUACUAACAAUAAAUGCAAAAAUCAAAUAUUGCAACUAUUUAAACACAUAGCAUAACUUGUUACUUAAUUGACCAUGUGCACAGGUUUGCUGGAAUAUGUUAAUAGAAAGCUUAUUACCCAGAAACCAGCUCAAUAGUUUCUUCAAUUCAGUAUUCACAAUUUCCAUCAGUUGAUUUGGGUCUUCAUGAGAAAAAACAAUUGUGAUCAUUGGCAAAGAGUGUGAAAACCAAAGCCUUUGACAGGGAAGAUAACUUUUGAACCACUGUGACAGUAGUUGCAUUCAUACCACAACCAUUUUGAUUGUCACGUUUAGUAAAAACGAUUUUGCUGAUUAAAAUUGCUGUGAAAGUCCCAAAUUAAACUAUCAUCUUUCUGAAGUUAAAGAGAGAGAAAAAUUUGCAUGACAUGUUAUUUUACUGCUUGAAAAAGCUGAGCUUAGAAAACUCCUUGUUGAGCUUUUCUUUCCAGUGUUAGUCAUGUAGUCACCAAUAAUCAUCAUUUUGUUGUUUUCAGGAACCAAAUCCCGAAGAUCCUUUAAACAAAGGUUGGUAUUUAUUUUUGAGAGAGUUUCUAAGAUUGUACACCUGCUCAAUUUUAAGCCAGUUUGUUCAAACAUAAAUAUCUAGUUAACAGUUUAGAGAAUAUGGUGGUUUUCACUAGCGCAUAAGCAUAAGUAUAAUAACAUAGGCACAUGCAGAAUGGCAUAUUUGACUCAAUUCUCCAUACCAGCUCUCCUCAACCCAAUGAUAAACAAGAUGGCGGACAAAGCGUCCGCCAUAUUGCUUUUGAUAUGUUUGCAUGAGGUCUGGGUCAAAGUGACCUAUGGUUGGUCCACGGCCUUGUGCUUACAUGUAUGCUUGUGCUUAUUUCGAUCCGGUUUUCACUAUUCAAAGCUACGACAUACAGUGUAAGCAUAAGAACAAGAGGAAUUUACCUGUAUGUUUUUCUUGUGCUUAUGCUUAUAGUUACGCUUAUGUCGAGCCAGUUUUCACUUGCUUACACAUGUGCUUGUGCUUAUGCUUAUGCUUAUGUGCUAGUGAAAACCAGGCUUAAAGGUUUUGAACACUGGUCACUAAAUUCUGAGUCUUUUUCUUCAAAAGAGAAUUGAAGUGUCCUGAAUGACACAUUCUUGCGAGCACGGUAAUAAUGCCAUCAAAUAGAGAGGAGAAGUCGUUACGUCACGUUGCCAUGGUGGCAAAAUUUCUGGGUGACAGCAAACCGAAAAAAACACUUCAAAAGUGAAAUUGCACUGUUUCAAACUUCAUCUAUCUUAUUCAGUUUCAUUUAAUUUGUCAAAAGUUGGCACAAUUUUCUGGGGUUGAAUCUGAAAGGACCGCAUCUACCGUAUGUUUAGAAAAAGAGAAAGAAAAUUUUUGUGUUGUCAUUCACAUACUCCAUAAAACAGGCUUGUAAAUUAGGAAGUUUCAUGUCGCAGUUGUGCAACGACAGCUAAGAAAUGUACAACUAAAAGCGUGAUUCACGUGCAAAAUUGUUGACUUGCUAAUGUAUCCCCCUUGCUUGUUUGCUGUUCUCGUUGCCAUGGCCAUCAUUGUUGCUUAAGCUUUCUAUUCGUGUGAUUUAGAAAUUCUGCAAUCAUAGUAAUGUGAUGUCACACUUCUCCUCUCUGUUAUGUGAAGCCGCUGCAGUUAAAGUGGUGCGGGAACCACCUUUAAAGUAACAGUUAUGUAUUACCGAUUAUAAAUCCUAUUUGCUUUUUGUUUCGUGCAGAUGCUGCAGAGGUUCUCCGAGCUAACAGGCGGUUGUUUGAACAGAACGUACAGAAAGCAAUGAGGGGAGGAUAUGUAGGAAGUGUUUAUUUUGAACGGUGUCUUGUGAAAUAACCAUGCAGUGGAGAGAUGUGCCUCUAUUUAUGAACUGAUUUAACUGUUGCAGUGCAAGUUUGCUAUAGCAAGUGCUCUCCAAAUAGAAUUUGGACAUAAACUGGCUGGUUCUAAAUGAACUUUGAAAGACAAGUAGAUCCAAAAAUUUGAUGUAUAAUAUGGAUCUGCUUGUGAGAUAUAUUUUUGUCCUUGCUGAGUUAAUGUGUUAGUCAAAAGUUAAUAACCUCUAAUGUUUCCAGUUGAUAUGUUGUAUUGGUCUAGGUUGCAAAGGAAUAUUUCAAGAGGUAUUUUUUGGUUUAUGGUAUUUUGAUAGCAGUUAAAAUCAAGGUUGUCGAAUUUUAAUUUUAUGUCAUGGUGGCUAACCAUUAGCAAGUUACUUUAAAUUGUUUUGCAAUAAUAGCAAGGCCAAACAAGCUAUAUGUAGCACUGACUGCACAGUCAGGUUAUUUAGCUGCAUGCACUUCUGUAGUAAAAACUUCAGUUUUAAAUUGAGACAGCUCAUGUAGAAUAGGAAAACCCAGACUUUGAUUUAUUUGGCCCAUGUGCAGAUCUGUUACAAUUAUGCUUAAAGAGAUUUACGUUUCUGCCAGCUAUUUCUUUUUAAUUGGAUGCAUGAUCCUGUAAAUGUUACAAGGGAAGGGAAUACCCAACUGUAUCGCUGUCAAUGUCGAAUCUAGAAUAGAUAUUUUGUACAGUAAUGUAUAAAAUAAACGAAUCAUAUUGUACAAAU